AUGUCGUCCCUGACGACGUCCAGUGAGGGAGAGAUCUCCACUCCCAGGUUUGUUGUUGGUUCCAGGGAUGAUGAGACAGACUCUCUGGGAUCAAACAUGAAGACAGACGAAACCGAUUUCUUUGAAGAUGAUGAAGAGGAGGAGUCGCCACCUGAACGUCAGAUUGUGGUUGGAAUCUGUGCCAUGACCAAAAAGUCCAAGUCAAAGCCCAUGACACAGAUUCUAGAGCGUCUGUGCAAAUUUGAGUAUAUCACAGUGGUGAUUAUGGGCGAAGAUGUUAUUCUGAAUGAACCGGUGGAGAACUGGCCCUCUUGUGACUGCCUAAUAUCAUUCCACUCCAAAGGAUUCCCCCUGGAUAAAGCUGUUGCUUAUGCCAAGCUGUGCAAGCCAUUUCUGAUUAAUGACCUUGAUAUGCAGUAUUAUAUCCAGGACAGGCGUGAAGUGUAUCGUAUCCUUCAGGAAGAGGGGAUAGACUUGCCCCGCUAUGCUGUGCUCAAUCGAGACCCUGAUAGACCAGAAGAGUGCAACUUGGUGGAAGGAGAGGACCACGUGGAGGUAAAUGGAGCUGUUUUCCCAAAGCCAUUUGUAGAGAAGCCGGUCAGUGCUGAAGACCAUAAUGUGUAUAUUUAUUACCCGACGUCAGCAGGUGGGGGCAGCCAGCGGCUCUUUCGGAAGAUUGGCAGUCGGAGUAGUGUUUACUCCCCAGAGAGCAGUGUGAGGAAGACAGGCUCGUACAUUUAUGAGGAGUUCAUGCCUACAGAUGGCACUGAUGUAAAGGUGUACACUGUUGGGCCGGACUAUGCCCAUGCAGAGGCUCGCAAAUCCCCUGCUUUGGAUGGGAAGGUUGAGCGGGACAGUGAAGGGAAAGAAAUCCGUUACCCAGUCAUGCUGACUGCCAUGGAGAAACUAGUUGCCCGGAAAGUCUGUGUAGCCUUUAAGCAAACAGUCUGUGGGUUCGACCUCCUGCGGGCAAAUGGCCACUCUUUUGUUUGCGACGUGAAUGGCUUCAGUUUUGUGAAGAACUCUAUGAAGUAUUACGAUGACUGUGCCAAAAUCCUUGGAAAUAUAAUCAUGCGGGAAUUGGCUCCCCAGUUUCAUAUUCCUUGGUCCAUCCCAACAGAGGCAGAAGACAUUCCCAUUGUCCCCACAACUUCAGGCACCAUGAUGGAGCUUCGUUGUGUUAUUGCGGUCAUCCGGCAUGGAGAUCGCACCCCAAAGCAGAAGAUGAAGAUGGAAGUUAAGCAUCCCCGGUUCUUUGAAUUAUUUGAGAAAUAUGAUGGCUACAAGACAGGGAAGUUGAAGCUGAAGAAACCAGAGCAGCUACAGGAAGUGCUGGACAUCGCACGGCAGCUUGUGGUUUCUCUUGGAACCAUAGCUUGCUGUGGCAUACACAGGCAGGUAAGUGGAGUUGAUUUAUUUAUGUUUCCCCCCCCCCACUCUCCUUGUGACAGGUAUGGACAUUUUUCUGGCAUUAACCGUAAGGUGCAGUUGACUUAUCUGCCUCAUGGACAUCCAAAAGCUGCAAGUGAAGAUGAAGAAGCUCGCCGAGAGUCUUCCCCAUCUCUUCUCCUGGUGCUUAAGUGGGGUGGAGAGCUGACACCAGCAGGAAGAGUUCAGGCAGAAGAGCUGGGGCGAGCCUUUCGCUGUAUGUACCCUGGUGGCCAAGGUGAUUAUGCUGGUUUCCCAGGAUGUGGCUUGCUCAGGCUGCACAGCACCUACCGUCAUGAUCUCAAGAUCUACGCUUCAGAUGAGGGACGAGUUCAGAUGACAGCAGCAGCUUUUGCAAAGGGACUGCUGGCCCUGGAAGGAGAGCUGACACCCAUCCUGGUGCAAAUGGUGAAAAGUGCUAAUAUGAACGGUCUCCUGGACAGUGACAGUGAUUCUCUUAGCAGCUGUCAACACAGAGUGAAGGCACGACUGCAUGAAAUCAUGCAGAAGGAUGCCGAGUUCUGUGAAGAGGAUUAUGAAAAGCUAGCACCUACAGGCAGUGCUUCUCUGCUCACCUCCAUGGCAUUUAUCCAGAACCCAGUAGAGGUCUGUAACCAAGUGUUCACCCUGAUUGAGCAUCUCACUGCUCAGAUACAAAAACGUCUGGAAGACCCAAAAUCUGCAGACCUGCAGCUGUACCACAGUGAGACUUUAGAAUUGAUGCUGCAGCGCUGGAGCAAGCUGGAGCGAGAUUUCCGCAUGAAGAACGGGCGUUAUGACAUCAGCAAGAUCCCUGAUAUCUAUGACUGCAUCAAGUAUGAUGUACAGCACAACUGUGCACUGAAACUGGAAGGCACAGCCGAGCUCUUCAAACUCUCCAAAGCCCUGGCAGAUGUGAUUAUACCCCAGGAAUAUGGGAUUAAUAAGGAGGAGAAACUGGAGAUUGCUAUUGGCUUUUGUCUUCCUCUCAUUAAAAAGAUCCAGCUGGACCUACAGAGAACCCAUGAAGAUGAGUCUGUCAACAAACUACAUCCCUUGUACUCAAGAGGAGUUCUGUCACCAGGUCGCCACGUUCGGACACGACUUUACUUCACCAGUGAGAGCCACGUGCACUCUUUGCUCAGUAUCUUCCGCUAUGGGGGGCUCCUGGAUGAAAACAAAGACCAGCAGUGGAAGAGAGCCAUGGACUAUUUGAGUGCUAUCUCAGAGCUGAACUACAUGACCCAGAUUGUUAUCAUGCUCUACGAGGACAACAACAAGGACCCGUCUUCAGAAGAGCGUUUCCAUGUGGAGCUGCAUUUCAGCCCUGGUGUGAAAGGCUGUGAGGAAGAGAGGAACGUGCCCACGGGGUUUGGCUUUCGGCCUGCCUCCGCAGAGAAUGAGGACAAGAAAGCCGACCAAGGCAGCCUGGAGGACCUCUCCAAAGAGAAAGGUGUUGAUGAGCCCGAUCGCGCACAGCAAAGGUCUCCACAGCCUUCUGAGCCGGUCAGCAUUCAGCGAAGAUCACCACUGAUCAGGAACCGGAAGACAGGGUCCAUGGAGGUGCUAUCCGAAUCUUCUUCCAAAUCAGGAGGUUAUCGCCUCUUCAGCACUUAUUCCAGGCAGUCUUCUGAGAUGAAGCAAAGUGGCUUAGGGUCACAAUGCACCGGCCUGUUUAGCACCACUGUGCUGGGAGGCUCCUCCAGUGCCCCCAACCUCCAGGACUACGCACGCAGCCAUGGCAAAAAGUUUGCCAGCAGCCUGACAUACAAAGACGAUGCAUUUGAUCACCACCACGUUGCCCAGUUGCUGCGCCGUUUUUCCUCUGACUAUGCCACGAGCCAGAACAUCUCGCUGGAUGCUGCUCUAGCCCACCACCUCCAGCAGUGCUCUUACCACCUGCGCCUCUUCAGGAGCUGGCUGAUCUCAGGGCAGGAUGACUUGGAGUGUCUUCACGGUUUUGAAGGCUGUUCCAUGGUUCCCACCAUUUAUCCCCUGGAGACCCUGCACAACUCCCUCUCUUUGCGACAGGUCAACGAGUUCCUGACGGCUGUGUGCAGGAGUUGCAGCGAAUCGCAUGUCCAGUCUACUGCAGCAUUGUUUGAUUCAAUGAUUGGCAGCCAGAUAUCAGGAGACCCCUUUAUGUCUCAGCGAAUCCUGUCAUCAUCCUCUUUGCCAUUGCGCCAGCGUUCAGAUAAGCCCCCUUGGUACAGCAGCGGCCCCUCCAGUACUGUCUCCAGUGCAGGCCCAUCCUCCCCAACCUCUGUGGACAACUGCGCUCGUUUCAACUUCACUGAGAAACUUGCCAUCAGUCCCCCAAAAAGUGAGGAGCAGCUGACUAGCCAGUGCCCUGAGCAAGGAGAGCAACAGCCUCCGGGCAGAGGGCUUGACGUGGAGGGGGGGAUGUCUGGGUUGUUGGUGACAGAGCCAAGUGCCCCAGAGACCCUGGUGUGGAAUCAGGACCCAGAGCCAGCCAGUGUCCUGGAGCUGUGCAAGGAGGAGCUGGCAGAGGAGGACUCUAACCCAGAGGAGAAGAGCAUGGUGGAGCUGGAUGAAGAAGAAUCAGCUGGGGAAAUGUUAGAGCCAAGUAACACAGGGAACCCACAAUGUGGUGCAGGCUCUGAGAUAAGGCUGGCUGGGGAGGGAGUGAAGCCAGGUGAGGGGUGCACAGGGGGAGUGGCUGGCCUUGAUCCACCAGGGCUGUCCAAGGGGAUCUUGGUGCCCUGUGAAGAGGAGCUGCUGGGAGAGGUGUUGGACCCGGAGCAUAUGGGCAAGAAGGUGCUAGGGGACAGUGCUGUGUCAGGCCAGUUUCUGUCUGGUCACCCGUGCCAGGUGCAGCCACUGCCUCCUGAGAAGAGUGUGGAGGAGCUGCCGGUGCUGUGUUGGGAGGAUCAGCAGAAUUAG